GGGGAGGAAAUCCCAGCAGCUGCUGAUGUUGGGCUUUGAAGCAGCCUCAGUAACAGGGAAAAUGGAUUCAGCUUGCACAUCCCUCGCCUUUCAGCAUCUUCUCCUGGUUUCGACAUGGUGUCAAUCAUCCUUGGGAAUCAUAGUCUUUGUCUCUGAUCCAUCUAGAGAAGUGGCAGUGGGACUACCUGUUCUCCAGUAAAUACGGGGAAAGUUAACCCUGGUCCUUGCACAGGUGACCAGGAGAAAGGAUGCGUGGGGGAGGAUGAGAAACACAGCCGGUACACACUCUGCUAUGAUAGUCCUGGACUUCUCCAGAUCACCAACCAUGUCAACGUGGCUUCCAAAGCGGCUGAGGACAGGACCUUAAGGAAUGUCACACAGUAGGUGCUGAGACAACUUGCACUGAAUGGAACAAACAAAGAUGGCAGUCCCUAUUUGAAAGGAAUUAAACGCAUAGACUCUCAUUAGGAAGAAACAAUGUCAAAAAAAGGACGCAGCAAAGGCGAGAAGCCGGAGGCACUGAUUGUUGCCCUGCAGGCUGCCAAUGAAGAGCUCAGGACCAAGCUCACAGACAUUCAAAUUGAGCUGCAUCAGGAGAAAUCGAAGGUCAGCAAACUUGAAAGAGAAAAGAUUCAAGAAACUAAGCGGAUCAGAGAAUUGGAGCAACGCAAGCAGACUGUGCAGAUCACUGAACUUAAAGCCAAACUCCAUGAGGAGAAAAUGAAAGAGCUGCAGGCAGUGCGGGAGAACCUAAUCAAACAGCAUGAGCAGGAAAUUACUCGGACGGUUAAAGUGAGAGACAGUGAAAUCCAGCGUCUCAAGUCAGCACUGUAUGCUUUGCGGGAUGGGAGCAGUGACAAAGUAAGGACAGCGCUGACCAUUGAGGCUCGUGAAGAGGCCAGGAAACAAUUUGACUCCGAGCGCCUUAAACUUUUGCAGGAAAUUACUGAACUAAAAUCUGCCAAAAAGCAGGUGGACGAGGCCCUUACCAACAUGAUUCAAGCCGAUAAGAUCAAGGCGGGUGAUCUUCGGAGUGAGCAUCAGUCCCAUCAGGAAGCCAUCUCUAAGAUCAAAUGGGAGAGUGAAAGGGAUAUUCGCAGACUGAUGGAUGAAAUCAAGGCUAAAGACAGAAUCAUCUUUUCCUUGGAGAAAGAACUGGAGACCCAGACAGGCUAUGUACAGAAGCUCCAGCUGCAGAAGGAGGCUCUGGAUGAACAGCUCUUCUUAGUGAAGGAGGCAGAGUGUAACAUGAGCAGUCCCAAACGAGAGAUCCCAGGAAGAGCUGGAGAUGGAUCAGAACAUUGUAGCAGUCCUGAUUUACGCAGAAAUCAGAAGAGAAUGGCAGAGCUGAAUGCCACUAUCCGGAAGUUGGAGGACAGGAACACACUGCUUGUAGAUGAACGAAAUGAACUGUUGAAACGUGUUCGAGAAGCUGAAAAACAAUGCAAACCUCUCCUUGAAAGGAACAAGUGCCUCACCAAGAGAAACGAUGAACUGAUGCAGUCUUUGCAGCGCAUGGAGGAGAAACUCAAAGCAAUCACUAAAGAAAAUGUAGAAAUGAGAGAAAAAAUGACAUCACACCCUCCACUGAAGAAAUUAAAAUCUCUCAAUGACUUAGAUCAAGCUAACGAAGAGCAAGAAACUGAGUUUUUAAAGCUUCAAGUUAUAGAACAACAGAACAUAAUUGAUGAGUUAACAAGGGAUAGGGAAAAGCUGAUUCGUCGCAGGAAGCAUAAAAGAAGUUCAAAGCCAAUUAAGAGACAUAUAGUGGAUACUGUUUUUGGCUACGAUGAUGACUCCUUGGACUCUGAAACCUCAUCCAUGGCCUCAUUCAGAACAGACAGAACACCAGCAACCCCAGACGAUGACCUGGAUGAGAGUUUAGCAGCAGAAGAAUCAGAGCUGCGAUUUCGGCAGCUAACAAAGGAAUACCAGGCCCUGCAGAGGGCAUAUGCAUUACUGCAGGAACAGACUGGAGGCAUCAUAGAUGCUGAAAGAGAAGCCAAGGCACAGGAGCAGCUCCAAGCAGAAGUCCAGAGGUAUAAAGCAAAAAUAGAAGAUCUGGAAACAACUUUGGCACAAAAAGGACAGGAUUCCCACUGGGUAGAAGAUAAACAGCUUUUCAUUAAGAGGAACCAGGAGCUUUUGGAAAAGAUAGAAAAACUGGAGGCAGACAACAGCCGAUUGCAACAGGAGCUGCAGGAUGCCAGGGACCAGAAUGAACUGCUGGAGUUCCGGAAUCUAGAGCUUGAAGAAAGAGAAAGACGGUCCCCACCAUUUAAUCUCCAAAUCCACCCAUUCUCAGAUGGUGUAAGCGCUCUGCAGAUCUACUGUAUGAAGGAAGGUGUCAAGGAUGUCAGCAUUCCAGACCUCAUAAAGCAGUUAGACAUCUUGGGUGACAACGGGAAUUUAAGAAAUGAAGAGCAAGUGGCUAUAAUUCAAGCUAGCACUGUGUUAUCCUUGGCAGAAAAGUGGAUCCAGCAGAUUGAAGGUGCUGAAGCAGCUCUACACCAGAAGAUGAUGGAACUGGAAAGUGACAUGGAGCAGUUUUGCAAAAUAAAAGGUUAUUUGGAGGAAGAAUUAGACUACAGGAAGCAAGCUCUUGACCAGGCAUACAUGAGAAUCCAGGAGCUUGAAGCUACCUUGUACAAUGCUUUGCAGCAAGAAACGGUGAUAAAGUUUGGGGAACUGCUAAGUGAAAAGCAACAGGAGGAGCUGAGGACAGCUGUAGAAAAGUUAAGACGGCAGAUGCUGAGGAAAAGCAGAGAAUACGACUGCCAGAUUCUUCAAGAGAGGAUGGAGCUGCUACAGCAGGCACAUCAGAGGAUCCGAGAUUUAGAAGAUAAAACUGAUGUCCAGAAGAGACAGAUCAAGGACCUAGAGGAAAAGUUUCUGUUUCUAUUCUUGUUCUUCUCUCUUGCCUUUAUUCUUUGGCCUUGAUGUCAAUGUGCCUCUUGGAAAGAGCGCCAGACGACACAGAUAAGUCCUUAGAAAGGCAAAUGCUUCCAAACCUAUGAAGAAGAGAACAUUGUUUACACCGAUUUAAAAAUACAAGCUGUAGCCAAGACUACAACCACCAUGUAUUUUAAAGCCAUUAUUCAAGAUUUGUUACUUGACAGUCCCUGUCUAAAGCUACAAUAUAUGCUGCAUUUAAUGAAGUUCUAUAUGUCAAACUAAGAAAAAAGAGAGGGGGGAGAAACAAACUGUGAACAUAUUAAAAAAAUUUUAAACAGAAUCAGCAGAUGAAGUACAAAUGGGCAUUGGGCAUGGAACCAAAGUUACAACAGAACAAUCUAUCCCUGCUGUGCAGGGGGAUAUUAAAUGUAACAAUGACACCCCAUGGAAAAUAAAUCAAUAUUAAAGGGACAGAGCAGGAGAAAUGCUUUUGAAAACUGUGAGGGGAUAUUGACAAUAAAAUAUUCAAUUUGAAUCAUCCGGCUUCCUUACAACAGGGACUCUCUUUCUCUUUUUGGUUUAAACUCAGGAACAAUGACAGCUGCAAUGUGAACAAAAAGAAAAACAUACUCUGUUUUGUUUCAUGAUGGGCGGAACUGGGCGUCAUGUCGUACGUGGUGGGGAUGUUAACAUACCACCAGCUAGCAGGGCAGACGAAGGGAAGAAUGUGGGUGAUGGACCUGAUGAGGAUUUCUGACAAUGCUGUAGCCUUAUCUUUCUUAUUGAUCGCUCCAUAAAGAACAGCACGUACAUUGUUAGAUACUUUUCAUACAUUUUAAAGACUGACACACUGAAGAAACGACCACACUUGAUUUCACAAUUACUCCUAACGUAUCUAGGAUCACUGGAAUGGGGCUGAAGAAAGAAAUAAUGUGUCGGGGGGAGGGGGAGAGGGAAGAAUGCCUAUGUUAUCUGAUCCCACAGAACACUGAUUUCCAAGCUUGUCUAAAAUUGUAUGCUAAUGAACAUGUGAAACAGUUACGAAUAUUUCGGUUUUGUUUGUCAAAGUGAUUUUGUCAGCGGGCUUCCUGACAAAUGGUGCAUGAACCAAAAAUAGGUAAUAGUUGGGCAAAAGCAUCUUUACUAGGCACAGGACAAAUGUAUCACUUGUCAUUUGUCACAAUUAAGGACCGGUAGAAGUAGUUUGCCUUUCAAUGCAACACUUAUCUCCCUGUUACAAUGCACAGGACCUGAUCUUACUACCCUUAGGGAAUGUCUACACUGCACGCUCUUUACAGCGGUGUGCAGUGAACAUACAUGACUGCAUGCGCCCCGGUGCAGGGUCAAUAGCAGUGUAAGUGAGGCAUUGCUUAGGCGAGUAAAGAUAUGCCAGAACUUUAGCGUACAUACCCUACAAGGAUCUCUACACACCCAGGCAGUGUCUCCCCAUUUACACUCCUAUUUUUAGCACUGUAGUGUCCUGCUGCCAUCCUGCUGCAGAGUCUUUCCCUGCUGCAGGCAGGAAAGGCUCUGUCAGGGGAGAGGCAGUGGGAACAGGCUCCUGCAGCUCCCUGUGGUGAGGAGAAGCUCUGACAGCAGAGAGCUAUUGGAGCCUUUCCCCACCCCAGAGAAAGACUCCAGCAGCGAGGGAAGGCUCAUGCAGGAGGAGGCAUCAGGCUAGCUAACUGUAGUGUGGAUGCAGUCUGCUUUUCACUAAGGCAUGUCACUACAUGCCCCAGUGAGUGUGCCGUGUAGACAUAUCUGCUUACCUGAAUAAGGCUCUUACUCACACAUGUAGUCCUAUUCAUUUGGCCAAACCUUGAGAAGUGCUGAACACCUGCAACUCACAGGGAGAGUUAAAUUCACCCCUUUCGGGGGGGGGCAGAAAGGCAGCAUUAUCUAAUGGCUGGGGCACGGGAGUGGGAAUCAGAAAAUUUGAGUUCUAUUCCCCACUCUACCACUGACCUGCAAUAUGACUUGGACAACUAAUGUCAUGCCUCUGUUUCCAUUCCCCUUCGUUUAUCUUGUCUAUCUCAGUUGGAAGGAAUAUCUCUUACGAUGUUUUUGUCUAGUGCCAACAUAGUAGGGCCAUGAUCUUGGCUGGGGACUCCACAUGCUACUGUAAUACAAAAAAAUAGUAAGGACCAGCACACAAUCUGUGCAUUACUUAAGCCCUCAAAAUAGGUCUUAAAUUGGACUUAAAUAAUAUCUACUUCUUAUACAAUGCUUUGCAUCAGUAGAUCUCCAAGUACUUUUCAAUGGAGGUGAGUAUCAUUAUCAUCCCCCUUUUAGAAAUGGGGAAACUGAGGCACAGAUAGGGUGACUUGCCCCAGGUCAUCCAGCUGGCCAGUAGCAGAUUUGGGAAGUCCAGAGUCCCAGUCAAGUGUUCUAUCCACUUCGCCACGUUGCACAGGUCUUGUGGGCUUCUGCAACAUGUGAAUUUCGUAGAUAGUUUCAGGUACUUGGCAUCUCCCAGGGUCUACCCCGCUGGGGCUGCUCACAUGUGUAAGCGCUAUUCAUUCGAGUAAUUGCGGUAUUGUAUUCCAUUCUACUACAGGGGGCUCAUUUGUUUGCUGCAUGCCAGUUUGGAAGCUAUUUGUCAAUGGCUUUUUCUCCUUAAAAUAAUUUAAAUUGCAAAACCACGUCAUCUUUUUAAGAUUCUGUUUUAGCAAAGGAGUCCAUUGAAUUGUGCAUCAGGAAUAUGUUUGUUACCGGUCAGUAGAUGGACACGUUGAAAAAUGCAAUUUCACUGCAUGUUCUUUGUUCAGAGGAAACCCUGCGGUAGAAGGCACCGUAUGUGCUUUCCAGAGGUGCUGCUAGCAGUACAGUAUUGUAGCUCCAGAGCCAGAACCAUGGGGAGUCUCCCACACAAUUAUGCCCUGUUUGUAUUCUUGAACAACCUUUACAAAAUCUUCUCAGUUACAAAAGACAGUUUUCUCUCUGAUUCUGUUUCCUCUGUUCUGUGGCAACACAAGUUAAUUUCAUACCCAUUUGUCAAACAUGGUAUGUCUGCACUGCAAUUAAAAACCUACCGCUGGCCCAUGCCGGCUGACUCAGGCUCGUGGGCCUCAGGCUAAGGGAUUGUUUAAUUGCAGUGUAGACGUUUGGGCUUGGGCUGGAGCCCAGGCUCUAGGACUCUGCAAGGGCAGAGGGUCCCAGAACUGGGCUGCAGACUGAGCCCAAACAUCUUCACUGCAGUUAAACAGCCCCUUAGCCAAAAGCCCUUAGCCCGAGUCAGUUGGCACAGGCCAGCUGCCUGUGUCUAGUUGCAGUAUAAAACUACCCACAGUGUCCUGUGAAAUCUCAGGCCAGGCACUAUUGCCAACAGAAAUAAUAGGCUUUAGUUAAAGAUGGCAAAUUCUGGGCUGGACCCCAUCAGCCUUCAUUCAGGUGAGUAGUCCCAGUAAAGUCAAUGGGCCUGCUCACAUGAGUAAGAGCUACCAGAUCCUGCUCUGUAUUUUGCGAUGUUGCAUUACCUCAUGAUAACCCGUGGCCUCAGUUUCUACAAAAUGAUUUUUUGUCUUACACAAGACCAUUUGGUUUCUGUCAGUCAAAGCAAGGGUUUGUAAAGCAGAGAAAAAGUCCAGUUUCAGAAUAAACCUUUGACUUCCUUUGGGACAGACUUCUCUAUUUAGAACUUCUGAAAUACACUGCACUUCCCAAUGAGUCUUUGGCUCCCUUCUGCACUCAGAAAUGCAUCUGGCUUCGGUUUUUGUCUCUGAUUGGUAUGUCUCAUCCCUUACAACUGUAUUGGCAGAGUUGACAGGUGCCGCAUCGGUCAUUCGUUCUCCUCUUUGUCUUUAUAAAAGAACUUAUGCAACCUUUGGGGGGGUGAUAAAUUUGAAGUUCCAUAAAUAGAGCAUUUUUAAAAAACAAUUUAAAUGGCACUUGCACACUCAAAUCAAGAAGAUAGAUAUCUAAAAGCAAAACCAAGCAAGGUGCUGAGUGCUCCUAGCUCCUGUACUGGAGAUGAUGAGCAUCCUUAUAAAAAGUUACUGCAGAUUACUACAGUAAUAGUUACUGCCGUAUCACUAUUGCAUGCCAUAGCAUUUGGACGAUUACUGCACCAUGCUGUGGUACUUCCUUUUUGUAAGGGCCCGUUGCAGGAUUGAGCCCUAAAUACCGAAUUCUGCAUGUGUUAUUGCCAGGUGCAAAUUUGUUUUAUGGGUUAUGCAAGCUACUGCAUAUAUGAAAUUGCAGGAGUAAAUUUAGAGGCAGGAGUGGGAGUGCCUUUGAAAAUGUAGUGCAAUGGGUAUUUCCAUGUGAACUGCAGCAAAUUCAAACCCCACCUGAGCAGACUUGUUGGAGGUUCACAUGUCCCUUACCCUUCCUUCAGUGCAAUCCAUGCAGAUGUCAUUUAUUCAUUUACAGUGUACAAAAUGGUCCAAUUCUGAUCUGUUACCAGAUAUUACCAUGUAUUUGCUAUCUACAUGUGUUUGCUUCAACUUAAUACAUUGUCUCUGUUUGAAAUGUUCAUGACUGAAUGGAUCAAACUCUGUCCCUAGACCUGUGCAACUCCAUUGACUUUAGUUGGGUCAAUGAGAUUAUAUGGGCCUGACAUCGCACUAUUACAAACCAUGUUUAGGGACCAGUCUUGCUCCCACUGAAUUCAGUGGCUAUACUCCCAUUGGCAGCAAUGGGAGUAGGUUCAGGCCUUACAAUGUAACAAAGGGAGUUGGGGUCAAUCCAGAUGGAAUUCCCCAGCACUUGAAACCUACUGUAAAAGCGUAUGUAUUUCAAGACAGUUGUGGUUAUUACAACAGGUUAUGUGUGUGUGCAUGCUCAUCCUCUCUCUCUCACACACACACACACACUCACUCCCUCCUUUUUUGCUAAGGCUCUGGAGGUGGGACAGAUAAUCCACAGUCACCUGUAUGUCAAAUUGUGAAAAUCCUGCAAGAUACCACUUGGAGUGGAUUGCCAGUUCCUCCGGAGACUUGAAAAACAACAACAUUUACCCCUCCGCAGCGUAACACAAACCGUGCCUAAUACAUGCCCAUUGACAUCAACUAUAUAAACUUUCUACAUUCAGCUAGAUCAAAAUGAGUUCACCUUUUAAAAUAUAUAUAUAUAUACGCACUCAUAUACCUGUAUAUAUAUAUAUAUAUAUAUUUGUAUGUGUGUGUAUAUAUACACACACACACAAAUAUAUAUAUAUGCACACACACACAAACUGUACAUAUAUAUAUAUCCCCAGUGUAUAUAGUAGAAUGUUGUUAUAGCUUACAAAAGUGUACUUCCAAUCCUAGGAAUGAGGACUUGGGCCAAGGGUUGUUUGGAUGACAUGGCUGAUUAAACUCCUUGUGGUAGGGUUGCCAAUUUUGGUUGGAUGUAUUCCUGGAGGUUUCAUCACACAACAUAAUCUUUAAUGAAAGAUUACUCUUUAAUUCCUGGAGACUCCAGGACUAUCCUGAAGGGUUGGCAACCCUACCUUGUGGUUUAAUUUUGCAUCUCACUGACAACUGGUGUCUUUUUUACGACCACUGUCCUGCAGCUUUAUUUCUGCUCUCUCCAUGUUGUUCCUGAAAUUCACUGGGCAAAUUAUUGAGAUGCCUCCCUCAAAUUAGCCUUGUACAGCACCCACAAACAAACAAACAAAAGUAGUGAAUAUCCAUGGACUUUCCAAAGGACAAUAGGUGAUCCCGCACAGUUCAGCAGUAUUAAUAUCAACAUGGGUCACAACUCCAAGCUCUCCUUUUGCAAUGCCUACAGGAUGCAUUAUUGAGCUUUCCAGUCUCUCAUCCUAAACUCAGUGGGAGUAUCCUCUGAAUCACCAAAACUUCCAAUUCCAUUGCAUCCCAUGUAGUCUGAAUUGGCCAGGCCUUCGUUUUCACUGAGUCUACGUUCAAUAAACUGCCUCAUAAUCUUUGGCAACCCAAUGGAGUUUAUUUUCUCUUUCGCAUCAGCACCUGUACAUAUUUUGCUCCUGUUUUUGUGUCUAUUCCAGAAGAGAACUGUAAAUGAAUUGGCAGAAUGACCCUUUGAUAAACUCUGUAUAUGUAUAUGUACUAUAUGUAUUAAUGUGUAGAUGAGAAUCCUUAUUGUAUGUAAAGUUUUAUGAAUGGUUAUUUUUUAAUUUAUGUAUUUAAUAUAGGAUUCAAUGACCUCUGGUGUUUUAGUUUGUAUAAAAAAUAAAACAGCAGCAUUUUUAAAAAG